UACACGUCACCACAAUUGCCAGCAGAGAAUCCCUGCCCAGAGCUGCGAAGCAGCGUUGCGCAGACAUGCUUGGUAAAGUACGCAGCCAUUUCUCUUCAGCUUGUUGUAAAGUCACAGGUCCGAGAAUGCAAAUACUGCAAUAGUGGCUGAUGUUGGGGUUUGUAGGCGAAUUUAUUUAUCUAAAUGAAAGACUAAAACUUUUUCCUUCUCAUAAGCAUUGAGAGAAACAGCCACAUAGGCAGCCUAUUUAGACGUGAUCGAGCGAUUCCAUAACCAAGACAGUGCGCUUGGUAGACGCGGUAAUGUCGUUGAAUAUCACUGUGAAAAGUGAAGACUCCGAGUCCUUUGACGAAGAAGACGAAUCAUCUUCGCUGCUUUCGGGCAAAAGAGCCUCGGAGUCUGCAGCUCGUCAUGAUAUUUCUCCGGGAGAAGGCAGUCCAAUAGAAGACCAUGCAGGAUAUUCAACACAGCAUGGGCGGCUAGCAACUAAAACGACCAGCAAACCCAUCGUACUGUAUCCUGUGAGUGCUGACCGUUUCUUUUCCUCUACUUCUGCAGAUGGCAAAACCAUCUUAAAGAUAGCUCCAGCCGCAGUCAUGACCCUCCCGACUCCUCGGCCUCCUCCCCAGGUUUCCCCAGAGUUCUCCUACCAGGCCAUCGUGUACUUGAUCGAAGCAGUGGGGCGCCGCUGGAGCCUGUAUGGGACGCGGGAGCGUUCUCAGCUCUUCCAGAGCGUGCAGAAGGAGUUGGAGGAGCAGGGUCAUUGUCUUCCCGUUGAGAAGAUCCGCCGCAAGUGGAACAACUUGAUCGUCACCUACAAGAGGGUCAAAUACAGAGGCAGGGAGACCGGCCAGGCCAGAACCUCCUGGGAGUACUUUGAGAUGAUGGAUGCCAUGCUUGGUGACACCAUCGGCGCCGAGACCACUAGCAGCCCUACCCUAGUAACCAGCAUCCCUAAGGUGAACGUCGCCACGGAAACCGCCAAAACAGAGCAGAAGCCCCUCCUUCCCCAUGGCAACCUCAUCACUGCAUGCACUCGGACACUCACCCUUGUCCCCUCCUCCCUCCCACUCCACACGCCAGUUCCCUCCACCCUCCCUCUCUACACCUUUGUCAGAUCCCUCCCUCCCCCUGUCCGCUCCUCCCUCCCUCUUCCCACCCCCUUGGACACGCCCUCCCCCAGGAUAGCCAAUAACACAGACCCUCUACAGCCGAACCCCUCCCCUGCUCCGGUCGCACAGCACCCUGCCUCCCGUCACAUCCCCUCCAACCUCAGCCACGUACACCUCCGCAGAAAGAAGAGACGUCGCUUCUCCUCCAAGGGCUUCUCCAUUGCCUCCCUUCUGGCCCAGCAGCAGAAGCGAGCGGAAGAAGGCACCUCCUUGCUGCAGGAGUUCUUGAGGAGGCAGGAGGGGCAGGCCAAGGAGGAGCAGGGGCAUCGCAGCAGGACAGAGGCCCGGGGGAGGAGGCGCGAGAGGAGGGAGGCGCGCAUGGCAGAGUCCCUGGGUAGGAUGGCCACGGCUCUGGAGCUGCUCUCCUCCAAACAGGACACAGUCAUUGCCCUGCUGCAGAGACUGGCUGAGAGAGACAGGAAGUGACCGUCAUCGCCCCGGGUUGUCACUAGCUUCUAUAGCCACAGCCAUAAUUAUGGCUAAACCCCGCCUAUUUUUACUAUUCAUCUUUUUAAAAUUUUAUUUUUAAACCUAACAUUAACCACACUGCUAACCUUAUGCCUAAUCUUAAAAUAAGUACAAAAAGCUCAUGUUUGUUUUCAUGAAUUUUGAGUUUAUGGCUAUAUAAUCUAGUGGAAACGCUGCUGCAGAGACUAGCUGAAGUGACACUGUAAUCGCCCUACUGCAGAGCCUGGCCGAGAGAGACGGGGAGGCUGACUCAGCAUGCGACCGAAGGGGUACUCUUUUUCCCUAUAUUGUGCACUAUCUGAGCUAAAACCCAGUAAAAACCCACCUUGUGUCCCAGGUCUAAAUUGGUCCCUGAUUAGAGGGGAAGAAUUCAAAUUAGCAGUGGAACUGGGUUCGAGGUUCAUAUUCGAAUUUGCCUAAUGUAAGGAAUAGGGUGCCAUUUUGGACGAAGACUCAGAUAAUGUUAAUUGAUUGUGUUGUAGAAUUUACAAUGGAAUAACAAUUUUGAUUGAUUCAAAUUGUUUAUUAAUUAAUGAUUGAUCAUGAUAAUCAAAGUGAUAUACAAUAGCAGCAUUUGGUUUCAGCAUUUAUGGUUGGAGAAACCGGUAUGGUGAGUGGAAACCACAAUUUAGGCCUACACAGAUGGAUAAGGAUUGUGAAAUAGUAGGUGAGACUUGUUCUCACUAGUCUGGCAUCUGGUCCAACCAGUAACUCCCGAAACACACACGGCCUUCUCAACUGUUUGAUUGUCAGGCAGCAUGCAUGAGGCCGAUUCAGACCGAGGCAGAUGCAGACACAGGCUAACAACCUUAGAGAACAGCACCUGUCGCUACAGUAAGUGAAUUGUUUGACAAAGAGUAUCUUAAAUGAUAGCAAUGUUUUAUAAAUGGGUGUUUUCAUAGUGUUGCCGGCUUGUUGGAAGAAAAAAAAAAAACA